AUGGGGAGGGAAAACAACCACCACCGCCAGACUGUGGCGCAAUCGUCCAUCGUUCUGUUGCAGGAGAGGUUCAGACAGCUGCAGAGAGUCAAAGCGAUGAGAGAAGAAAGAGAGCAGCUGAGAGCACGGUCUCAGGGCGAAAGGUCGAGCCCAGAUGCUGAUCAGUGUGUCCAGCCCAUGUGGUUUAACCAUGCUGAGCUGGUUCGUCCAUCAAUGCCUCUCCGUGGAACUCCAACCUGUUGGCUCGAUAACCGCGGUGAUCGCACAGACUUGCAGGCUCUGCAGACCUCACUGUCAAUAAACUUGUGGCCCAGCCAGGCCACUUCACGGCACCCAGUUACUUGCACCGAACAGGACGUUGACACCACGCUGCACUUGUAA